AGCAAUUUGCAAAGCUCGGAACAAAUAUCCUUCACCCUCUCAAUUAAUAAGAAGUUUUCUGCUCGCCAUCAUCCAUGGCUUCAAUGCAAUGCCAGAAGCCUGCGGGAGGGGCUUGCCACGGCCAUGAACAUUCAUCUCUUGGCAAGAAAGUGUCAGAGUUGGUUAGCGGCUUGGGUUUCAAGUCUAGUCAUGAUGAAAACAAACACAAGGAGUCAGGGCAGCAGGGAUAUACAACAGUGGGUACCCAAUGCUACAGCAAAACUCAGUAUUAUGACAAUGGAACCACCAAGACUCAGAGCUGCUACUCUGAGAAACUGGUGGCGCCUGUCCCCCUAGGUGGUCACGAGAAAGAACAGAAGUUCGAUGGACAGCAGCACCAUGGUGUCAGAUGCCAUGGAGAAAAGAGAGGUGAACGCAAGAAGAAGGGUCUGUUCGAGAGGAUCAAAGAUCGCAUCUCUGGUGAUAGUAGUAGCAGUGAGAGUGAAAGUGAUGAUGAUCACUGUGGGGAGAAGAAGAACUAAACUGAGUUGAUAUGCUGUACGUGAUGUACGAGACAAAUAAAAUGAAGGGUUACUUGCAAUGCACUAAUGAAGUUACUACAAAGAAAGAAGAAUAAAUGAUAUAUAUAUAUAUAUAUAAGCAGCCAUGAUAUUAUACUAUAGAUAUAUGUAACUUUGGCACGCUAAUGGAGCAAUCUAUGUACCUUCGCUUGAAUAUGGUACUCAGACUGUGUCCUAAAUAAAAAUAAAUAUUUUCUG